UUCCUUCACUCUAUCUCAGAAACACUCACAGUCCUUGUUAGCUUCGCCAUUGCCCAAUCUCCUCAAUUAGCUGAACUCUUCUCUCUUCAGCCUCACCAAAACCCUAAACCCUUCGAAAGUCAAGUCCCCCCAAAAGGCUGUAGCCUUUACCAAUGGCUUCAAUCAACUUUAAUCCCUUCGAAAGUUGGUUCAGGAAACCUCAAAAUCCGAUACAACCCGUCAAUCUUCCCUCACUUGCCGACUCAUUCCUCCCCAAGACAUCCUCAAACUCUCCAAAUUUCGCUUCCAUAAACGCCUCCAGCCUCUUCAAGAAAAAACCCAAGAAGCCCGACGAGGAUUCUGAUAAGCCUGGGCCGUACAAGCAGAUGCUGGACCAGUUCUUCUGGGAAUGCGAGAACCUCCCUGAUUACAGGCACACUCCGGAAGUGGAAAAUAUUUUGAACGAGGAUCCUCUUUUUGAGAAGAAAGAGAAUCCAACGGAAGAGGAAGUUAAAGAGAAUGAAAAAUGGUGGCAAGACUUCAGGAGUAGUCCCGUGGUUCAGUUUCUGGCUAGAGCUGAGGAAAUUGCUGAUGAAAUCAAUAGAAUGGAGCUUAAAGAAAAUGACGAGCCGUAUAGAAGUGAAGAUAAGAAGCUGUGGCAAGCGCUGCCGCAUGUGAUUGGGUUGGAUGGGAGGCCUAUGCCUAGAAAAGCUAUCAAGACCAGGAAAGAGAGUGAUGAUAAAUUUUGGGAUUUUGCAAAGCAGUUCUUUUUUGGGCUCUGGGGGUUCCGCCAGAGGCCUUACCCGCCGGGUCGACCUAUUGAUGUUGCUCAGGCUAUUGGUUAUAAGCGGCUCGAGAAGCGUUACUAUGACUAUAUCAUGAGGAGUGGAGGCUGGUACUAUAAAGAUCGCUUGGGUCGUACCCGAGGUCCUUGUGAGCUAAUAACCCUCAAAACAGCUUGGGGUGCUGGUAUAAUUGAUAAGCACACUUUUAUUUGGGGAGAGGACAUGGAUGAAUGGGCACCAAUUCAUAUGGUUUAUGGCUUGGAACCUGCAAUAGCCACUUGGGAAGUUAGACUUGGUGCGGCAGCAACAGCUUUCCUUCAUAAACUGCAGAAAGGUAUACCUCCUUGGGUUCCCCUUAAAGGACAUGAGAAGAAAACUUAUAAGCAGCUUCAAGAAGAAGCUAUAGAGAGCAAAAGACGUGAUUUGGCCGUUCUAAAAGCUAAUGAUGGCAUAUGGCCUGGAGUUAGAAUUCCUAGCCAUACCCUAUUUCUUUGGGCUAGUGGCUCUGAAAUGACAACUCUUUUGGAAUCUGAUCAUAUGCCUAACAAAUACAUUUCAAAAGAUCUUCGGCGCAAAUUGGCCAAAGCUAUUCCUGGGUUAAGGCCGUGGGAAGUUUUAAGUGUGGAGCAAGCAAUGGAUGAGAUUACAUAUGGUGGAGAGUGGUAUCGUGAACCUCUUGGUUCCUACACUACAGGUCCCCCAUACAUCAGACAUUGGAAUAAGGAUGUCAAGAGAAUAUUUCGAAUUUUUUACAACCUUAGCAGCCAAGUCUACAACAAACUGGAGAGGACAAUUCCUGGUUUCAAUGCAAUAAUGGAGAAAGUCCAGGCUGAUGCUGCUGCAAGGGAUGAUAGACGAAAGGCGAAAAGGGAAGCACAAAAGAAAGCUGAGGAGGCAGCCAUAUAUGGUUCAACCGAGAAUGAUCCAUAGCAUAACUACCACAUAAAGAGUUAACUACAUGAGCCCUAGGCUCGGUAGGGUCUGACUCUGCAUCAUUCAGCUUUCACAUGGAUACCAUACAUCUUUGAAACGAGAUGGUUUCUGAUUCUUGGUAAAGGGUAGGCAGAGUUUUUACUUAAAUAGUGAUCAAAGGUUGAAAUCUAUGUGAGAUACACUUGUUUUAAGACAAUGUAUUGAUGCCAAUACUGAAUUAAUGAAAAGCUUGCUUUAGCAUGUC